CUCGCCACGCCCCCUUUCACAACGGAGCCGGGCGCUGUCCCCCCCUCCGCGCUGCACCGCAAACCAGCCGCCGCCUCCCGUCAAGGCCGUCCUUCGCCGCCGCAGCCGUGAGGGCAUCCCUCCCCCUCCCCGCUGAGCGAGCUACACUGGCCUCUUUCCCCCCUGCCCCGUGCUGGACGCAUGACGAGAGGCAAGAAGGGGAUGCAGCCCAAGAUCAGUGCGUUCUUCAAGCGUCAGGCCCCCGAGCCCGAGACGAGCAGUGGUGGCGACACGCAUAGGGAAGGAACCUGCGGGAUGGAGGUGAAGAGGCCCAAGAGCUGUGCGGAUGGCAAGGUCCUCAACAAGAAGAGGAACUACGCGCAGUUCCACCUGGAGCUUGGGCAGCCCGAUUUUCUCCUCCACAUGUGCUCGGUUUGUGGCAUGAUGUAUGCCCGCGGGAACGACGACGACGAGAAGGCUCACAAGGCAUACCACAAGAGUUACUUCGAGGGCGUCCCGUUCAAGGGUUGGCGCAAUGAAACCGUGGUCGCGAGGUCUGAAGGUGGGGAUCGGAUAAUUCUUGUGACCGAUGAAAAUUCAUGUGCUCGGAACAGCAAGGUCCAGGAGGUGAUCAAAGUGGUACAGAAGGAGCUGGGGUUUGGUGAAGGUCAGCUCCUUCACAAGCUUUGUAAGGUAUAUUUGUUCAUAUCUAGUCAGAGGAUAGUGGGAUGCCUUGUUGCGGAACCAAUCAAAACAGCACAUAAAGUGAUUCCAGGCUCCACAGAGGAAAACGGCACUGAUCUGCCUGUUGAUAAAAUUGAACCAGUCAAAACAAACCAUACAUUAGAGUUCGGGAAAAUCAGUUUUAAGAGGGAAGUCCUGAAACGGCAUGAUCAUUCAGACAAGAACAAAGAAGAGUACCGAGAUCCUGGUGCUAUAAUAUGUGAAAAGGAAGAUGUUCCUGCACAUUGUGGAUUUCGAGCAAUUUGGGUUGUACCGUCACGCAGAAGAAAGCGAAUAGGGUCACAACUGAUGGAUGCUGCUAGGAAAAGCUUCCUCGAAGGCGAGACUUUGUGCAUCUCACAGUGCGCUUUCUCACCGCCUACUUCCUCCGGGAAGGCGCUGGCACGCAGCUAUUGCAAGACCAGCGCAUUCUUAGUCUACAAGGAGCAAGAUGCAUAGGAGAUGCUGCAGAAGAUGUUACAUAUCUGAAACUUCUCUUCCCAUUGUAAAAAUUGCUUUGCUGGGGAUAUAUGUGAAACAUAAACAGGCAUGUUCUGCUUUUAGUGUAAGUCUAAGCACCAGAAGCAGUGCGUUUUUGCAGGAUCUCUAUGUAUUGACACUUGGAUUUCCUGAUCAGCAGCAUUUUCUGAAUAUCAUUUCAUAUUA